GGUGGGAGAAUCGCUGACCCUGGGCUCCUCUCCUUCGGACUGGUGCUGGGAUUAUGAGCGCGGCUUCAUCAGGGUCCUCGGCGGGGAGCUGGACGAGCCGAAUUUCCUGAGCAAGGGCGAGGGGGCGCAGCUGACGGCGGUCGACAUCGCCAUGAAGCGGUGGUUCAAGCGGGAGGCGGCGCGCAUCAUGGGGAUGAGCCUGGAGGAGGUCGCCAAGGACAGGAGGACCAGCUGCGAAACCUGCCUCCGGCGGAUGCGGCGGCUGUGCGCAGAGCAGCGGGCGAGUCGGCUGUUGGAGGAGGGCCGGACGGUGUCCGACGGCGACGUGCUGGAGGUGCUCCGACUCUGGGACUUCGAGAACAACACGUCGCGGACCAACGUGAUGCCCGAAGGAGUCGAUUCCGUGGCAUCCGAAACCCUUGGCCUUGUCAGGACGAAGAUCGGACAGCUGAUGGUUCCCCGCAGGACGGCGGACUAUCCUGGCUUUGUGAGUAUCUUGGCGAAGUACCUGAGGGACCACUUACCGCCAGAGGUUCCAGAGUUCCCAUUCACAUCCAUCAAUGUGAACAAGGACUACGCGGCAAAGCUCCACCGCGACGGUAACAACGUCGGGCCGAGCUUCAUCAAGGCGUUCGGCAGCUUCAGCGGCGGCGACCUGGUCUACUACCCGAAUGACGACAGGUCUCUAAAGCUUGACGAAUUGCCGGAUUGGGACGCCGUCACCAUUCGCCAUCGACAUCAGAGAGAACUUGGCCCUCUUCGACGGCAGGAGAGGGCGCACCGGGUGAGCCCCUUCGAGGGGCAGCGCUUCAGCGUCGUGUGGUUCUGCUGCCCGAGGGGCCACACGGCCUCGGAGGAGGACCGGGAGCACCUGCGCAGGUGUGGGGUGACGCUGCCCUCUCUGGAGCAGGAGCGUUGGAUGGCACGAAGAUCGCCAUGACGAAAAGACCCAGGAAGAGCCUCCUCCCCCUUCCCCUCCC